GGCGAGCCUUCAGUUUGGGCACCGUUAUCUUGAAAGGCCUGAAAACAAAUGCACCACACACAUUCUCGCAGUCGUCCUCUUCCUACACACCACACACACACACGCGCCACACACAGAGAGAGGGGUACACACUGGGUGGAGGGUGUGUGUGUGCGCGUGUGCGUGUGUGUGCUUACGAUGCAUUCUUCAAAUGAGCAUCAGGCGUCGAGUGCCUUCCCCAGCGAGUUGCAGCUGUCCACCGGCACGUCGAGGAUGUUGGAGUGCUCGAUCACGGCCGACUCAUGGCGCUGGUAGGCACCGCUAAACAUCCUGCAGCCAUCCACACGUACAGCCAUCCACACGUGGAUGCAUCGGGUACAGUAUACGGAUGGAUGUGUGUGAUGUGGACGUCAGUUUGUCUCCUGAUGAAGUGAGUAUCAGCGGUCGCGACGCUCCUGAUGUGGCGUCCAUUUUCUCCCACAGGAUGCUGCUGAGUGCGUUCUUUGCUGCAGCAGCGACAACUGCCAGAACAAGGCGAUCUCUUCAUCCGUCCAACAAAGGCGAAAAUCCCGACGAAUGUAAAAUGUAGGCGGCGAUAUGAAAUCACCAAAUCACCUGAGAUGAGACACAAGAGGGAUGACAUAAACAUACGUCUGACGCAUCACUCCCUCAAUGCUCACUCCAUGUCUCUGUGUGAUAGACCUUCCUUAUUCUUUCAGCCGAAACCUUCUCGCCCAUCGGCUGCUGCUGAAUCAUCUGAGCAGAUCAUCUAUUCGGUGGACGUACACAAAGACAUACAUACAGAUAGACAGACAGAGGGGCUCCUGCCUUCUCAUCGCUGACGAAUUCUCGCUCGAAGAUGAGGAGGGUAAUUUCGAGUUGUAGGUCUUCGUGCCCCUCGGGACUUUGCAGCAGCCACCACCUCCCGAGUACUAAAGGGGCGGUGCGGACAGUCUCGAUGGCGAGUGGCGCACCUGUCCCAUCCAUACGUACCGAGUGGGGCUUCGGUUUCCUCGCUCGGAGGCGUGGUGUGUAGUUGUCCAUGUCGAGCCCGUCCUUGCCCUCGCUGCGCGUGUCGUCGUCAUCGUCACCGUCUUGCUCGUCGUCGCCAUCCAUGCUGCAGAUGCCUCGCACACCCACGUCCUCCUCCACCUGACACACACACACCCACAGACACAGAGAGAGAGAGUGGGGGGGCGUUUGGCUUGUGUGUUCAUGUGUGAAUGUGUGUGUGCGUGGUGUGUGUGUGGGGACUGACCUCCUCUCGGGCCUUGUGUCUGCCACGACGGGCCUUCUUGGGCACCUCACCCACCGCAUGCUGAUUGUUGUUGUCGUCCGCAUCGCCACACACACAAACACACACACACAAAGAGGGGAGAGAGAGAGGGAGAGGUCUGUUCAUGUGUGUGUGAUUGGGGGCGGGGGUGGGGUUCUGACCUCAAGGCCUCUGCGUCUGUUCCUCCGCACCUUCUUGCGCACCUCGCCCUCCUCACACGAGUGGAUGUCACACACACACAAAGAGGGGAGAGAGAGAGGGAGCCGUAAGCUUGAGGGAACUCACAUCAAUUGAAACAGACAACAGACAUGGAGAGGACAGAUGCGGCUCGGCUGCUCGCCUUCCUUACGGAAAUGGCAUGUGUAUGUCCAUUUUGCCUUUGCCUUCUGAUGUUGGCCACACACUUUUACACACACGAACGGGAGAAAAGGGAAACGCGCGCGGUACCUCUCUCUCGAUGGCCUGGACUUGAAGAACAGCAGCCCAUUGUCGUUAAGAUGCCGUCGUCAGCUACGUGAGCUUCUCCGAUCGCCUGGCGGAUGAUCGUGCUGAAUGUGAUCUCAAUCUGGAAAAGAAUGAUAGCUAAGCAGAUACGGGUUGGUGGGCGGAUGGUGGGUGGGGGAUUUUGGUGUGCGUGGCGAAGUACCUGGUCAGAGACUGGCAAUGUCAAGGUGAUCUGGGAACCUGACAUAACAAAGCAAAACGAGAAUGUGCGACAUGCGGACGAGGACAUUGCAUACGAGUACCUGCGGCGUCCUGGAAGAUGCGGCGCCGCAGACGAAACUGUCCAAAGAAUACAAAAUGGAGGCGGCGAUCUGAGAAACAGAGACACCGACACUCUGUUAUUCUGCCUGUCUGUUGUGUGGUGAAGCAACCGCCCCAACAGAGGACACAUCGCCUCGCCCUUAUUGGCAGAAGCGCCAGUCCCGCUCCCAGAAGCGCCAAGCGGCCCGGCAAUUUGUCUGCCAGCACCCAGACGUCUCAUGCAUGAUGCUCUCACCCAUUGGCACGUCCAUUUUUGUUUACCUUGUCUGUCAUGAACUGGAGGUUGUUGCGCCAUUCGGUAGUCUUGUUCCACUCGUCAAUGGUCUUGUUCAACUUAACACAGGACUGCAUGCAUCGACGGAGACACACAAACAGCCAACACAGCCCGCACACUGUCGUUCGUUCGUGUGUGUGAGUUGUGUGUUGCUCCCGUCCGAUGGGCUGCGGGUCCAAUGAUGAAAGUGCCCAACGAAUAUAAAAUGUAGACGGCGAUAUGAGGUCCUUGUCGUGCGUCGCCGCCUCAAGCUGCCCUCUAGUCUGAAGCGCCACCACACAACACACAGUGUACGUGUUGUCAUGGGGGUAGCCAUCGAUCUAUCUAUCCAUUCUCACCUCAUCUGCGACUUUCUUGAAGGUCUCGACCUCCUUGGCGAGUCCACAAACCUUGGUGGCAGACUGCACCGACCGAGACACACAAACACAGCCCACAUCGUGUCGUGUGUGUGUGUGUGUUGUGUGUGACUGGUGUUGUCUGAUUACUUGAUCAACCUGACGCUUCAGCCCAUCGCGUUCUUCUGUGACCGUCGAGAGGAGCGCCGUAGUCUGAAGCGCCAACACAGACGCACACACACAGAGACACACAACACAUGGAUGGAUGGAUGCAUGGGUGUAGUGUGUGCGUAUGUAUGUAUCUGAUGGCUCCUUGGUCACCUUGCGGAGUUGGGCGUGGAGGUCCUCCUUCUGGUGCCUGGCUGCCUCAAGCAGCCCUCUAGUCUGAAGUGCCAAAACACAUCCAUCCAUCCAUCCACCUACAACCUCGCCCUCUCCCCCAUGUGUGUGCCUGGUGGGUGUGUGCACUAUGGUGUAUACCUCCCGUGUGGUCCUGUUGGCGUCGUGGGGAGUCGGGGUCUCCUGUGUGGAAACACACGGCACACAAAGCGCCGUCAAGGAAGGAAGGCUUGCUUUGGUUUCCCCGCCCCUCCGCUCACCGCGUUGCCCUUCUGCUCCAUGCUCGCUCCCCUGUCCAU